AUGGCCAGCGGAAGAGGGGUGGACGUUCCCCGGAACGGAGACGCACUUGUAGCGGGGGAUUUUGGUGGGCUUCUGGUCCGGCAUAACCCUCACCAAACCCCGCGGAGACCUCCAGUGAAGACCCCGGCCUCGCAGCCUGCAACCCCCCCCGGCCGGCUCAGAUAUCGGGCCGCAGAGAAGCGCCAAAGGAUGCGGGAGAACUUUCUCCGCCGGAGCGAGUACGAGUUCUUCAUCAACGUGGAUUCCAGCUGCUCCCCGACGCUCGACCUCAUCAUCGACGGCCUCAAGUCCCAGAUCAGCGGCCAGGUGCACGAGCUGUCGCGCAACAAACAGAAGGACACAGUGCCCUGGUUCCCCAACGACAUCCAGGACCUGGACCGCUUCGCCAACCAGAUCCUGAGCUACGGCUCCGAGCUGGACUCUGAUCACCCGGGAUUCACUGACCCAGUGUACCGGAGUCGCAGGAAGGAGUUUGCGGACAUCGCCUACAACUACAGACAUGGCCAGGUGAUCCCCAAGGUGGAGUACACAGCGGAGGAGAAGACCACCUGGGGCACUGUCUUCAUGGAGCUCAAGACGCUGUACCCGACUCACGCCUGCCGCGAGCACAACCGCGUCUUCCCCCUGCUGGAGAAGUACUGCGGCUACAGGCAGGACAACAUCCCGCAGCUGGAGGAGAUCUCCCGCUUCCUGCAAUCGUGCACGGGGUUCCGUCUGCGGCCCGUGGCCGGCCUGCUGUCCUCCAGGGACUUCCUGGCCGGGCUGGCGUUCCGCGUGUUCCACUCCACGCAGUACAUCCGCCACGCCUCCAAGCCCAUGUACACGCCCGAACCGGAUAUUUGCCACGAGCUCCUCGGUCACGUUCCACUGUUUGCUGAUCCCAGCUUUGCACAGUUCUCCCAGGAGAUAGGUCUAGCGUCUCUGGGCGCCCCCGACGAGUUCAUCGAGAAGCUCGCCACCGUGUACUGGUUCACCGUGGAGUUCGGUCUGUGCAAACAGGGCACUGAGAUCAAGGCAUACGGCGCUGGCCUGCUGUCGUCGUUUGGAGAACUCCAGUAUUGUUUGACGGACAAACCCCAGCUCUGCCCCUUUGAGCCGGCGAAGACCAGCCUCCAGAAAUACCCGAUCACUGAAUUCCAACCCGUGUAUUUUGUGGCUGAAAGCUUCGAGGAUGCCAAGGAGAGAGUCAGGAAAUUUGCCGCUACUAUUCCCAGGCCUUUCACGGUGCGCUACAACGCCUACACGCAGAGCAUCGAGGUGCUGGACAACACCCAGCAGCUCCGCAACCUCGCUGAAAACAUCAACAAUGAGAUGGGGCUUCUGUGCAACGCCUUGAAGAAGUUGGAGUGAACAUCGUACCUGGUCAUACUGCAGCUUUUAGAUAGCAGGCUUGACGGCGAUGAUGAGGGAGGACUCGACGCAGAGGCGCAGUCAUUGUCUUCUGUCCAUUGAUGCGCCUAAAGCUAUAAUUGUGAACACAUGAGCCAGUUGUUCAAUGUUUAACCUUUUGACAUUUUGAGAUGACUGUAAAUAUAACCAAUCAGGCUACUAAUGAGUCUCCUUUGAAGAUUAUUUCUUUCUUUCAUAAAACCACUGCGUCAUCGUAUUUUAUACCAGCCUAUAUAAUCAUAAUAUUUUAGCCACCCAUUUAUCUGACGUAGGCCUAGUUCUAUAACCUUAUAAGAGAGAAGUAGAUUAGAUGGCUUUUCCGUUGCCGCAGUCGAACCUAUAAAUAGCCAAUUAUUGACGAUGUUUAUUAUGUUUUCUUUUGAAUGCAUGUACAACUGUGAAAUGGAUAAAACAAAUAAACAUAUUAAGGACU